GUUUUCAGUUAACACCUCUUCGCCCUGCACCCGACUGUAUUGAAAAUCCCCACAUUUAACCUGAUUUUGGGUGUUGGAUCGGAACCCUAACAAUUCUAGGUAUGAACCCUAGGUCCUCUCUUUUCUUGUCCUUAUGCUAAUUGCAUUUUCGACGGAUCUGGGGUUUACAUUCUCUUUCGAAAUUUAACAAACAACCUUAUUUUGUGAAACCCAAAUUUUAUCCCGAUUGAAGUUCUUAUACUAUUUUGCGCAAAUCCAUGGCUAAAUUCGCUUUCUCUUUUUAUCCCAACUCUUAAAUAGAAUAACCUUCCUUGUUGGGUGAUAGAAAAUUAGUUAUCUGUGUGGAUGAUUCAACUUUAAAUGUUGUUUUUCUUUGAGUAUAGAUUAGGAGUUCACAUAUUAUAUAUAGGAAUGCGUACUAGUGUUGAGGGAGGUAAACGUCAGUUACCACCAUGGAUGAUGCAGAAGGUUGGUGCCAGCCAUGGGAGUGACUCUGAGAAUGUUGUUAAAACUAAUACUUCUGUGGGAAAAGGAGCAAAUGCAACAAAAAAAGAUCGUAAGAGGGAAUCUUCGAGGAGGAAAUCAAACUUAAAGGCCAAGUGUGAAACCAAAGGAAGAAAAAAAUUAGACCAACAAGAUGGAAGCAGUGACGAUAAUACUCAAAAGAAGAGGAAAAAAGGUGAUAGGUGUGGGGAUAGAGUUCAGAGAUCUGCUAUAAAGAAUGGUAAAAAUUUAGAAGAUCCUAGCCAUGGUAGUUCUGAUGUAUAUCCUGUUGAAGGAUCUAACGAUGAGGCUGUGGAGCUGACUGUUGAUGAUUUGAUUGCCAUAGCAGAAGAGUAUGUCAAAGAUUAUGAGAACAAGGAGCGAGUAGAAACAUCAGGUGGACAGUGUGAAUCAAAAUGGGAAUUUCAAGUUACAAAUGAAACAGGAACUUCUCUUGAUUCCCCUUGUGAGAACAAAAUUUCAUCUAGCUGUGGAAGGGAAGGUUUGACUAAUUCUACUUCAACAACUGGUAAAUUAAUUGCUACAAGCACCUCUCAAUCGGGUCAUCCUGCACAAGACAUGCUAGACCUGUUCUUAGGUCCCUUGCUGAGGAAAACCCUUGAGAAGGAGGAGGAGAGCAAAUCUGUUGUAAAAAAUUUACAGAUUACCCACGAGUUCCCUAGGCAAAGUCAAGAUGAAUCUGCUAGAGAAGAAGUAGUCCCCUUGAUGAAGAAAAAGAACACUCUGAAAGAUAAGGUGGCAAUGUUUCUUGACCAAGAUAUGUAGAUUCAUCAACACAAACAUGCAUGUCAACGAUGUCAUGGCAAAACAAUGAUGUCAUGACCUAUGAUAAUAGCUUCACCUGUAAAUCAUUUGAUAAUUGCCGCCUCAUCCUAGUUGGGCAAAUUCCUCUCUGAUCAUUUUAGUAUCUAUAUAGUUCGUUAUAGAUCAAAGUCUGAUACAAUGAAAGUGAAUUUCAAUCAUCCAUUGCCAGGGAAGUGGGGAGGAUUGGGAAAGCUCCUCUUUACAGAGCAGUGCGGGAUAUUUUAUUGACAUUUCAUAAGAAUAUUGGAACAAAAAGGUUGUUAGUGACUACUCUUGUGAAUAUAUUCCAGGGUACAUUAUGAUCAUGUCAUCUGUAGAAGACAUGCAAACAAUCAUGUAGGUUUCAUUUUAUUGUUUUCCC